AUGGCAGCCCCUGCAGGUCCUGUAUCUGCUGCUCAGGCUAUUGGCGAAUACCUACAGUCUCCGGAUGACCUUGUGAAAGUCUCUGCUUUCCGAAAGAAACUAGAGAAAGAGAAAGCCUCUAUCGAUACUAGGCUUAAAAAUGGCGUCAAGGAACAAUUACAGGCAACACGGCUUGGCUUGAAGAAAUUCUUGAGCACUCGAGAUAAUGUCCAGGCUAUUAAGGAUGAAAUGAUGACUAUAGAGAAGGAAUGUGAAGAUCCCUCUGUCCGUGUAGCUACAUUCGAUCAGAUUAGCAGAGUAUCCAUGGUUCACCGCAAUUUUGAAUCGACUGAAGAAAUGGUCAACAAUCUGCUUGAUAUGGCUGCUCAAUUGGACGAUCUGGAACAAAUGCUUGCUGCUGACAGCAGAGAAAUCAUCGGGCCGUCCCCUAAUCUCUUAAUUAUACACUUUCAACUCAACCAACUUGAACGCUUUCGGAACCAAACUAUGCAUCAAGCCAAGAAGGCGUCUGCAAAGUCACAGGAAACUUUAACUAGAUGGUUCGAACGCUUGAAUAAGAUGAUCGCAGCUUUCGAUGAACACAUACUUCAAUUGGCUCAGAAUGUGCUACCGCUGGUUCGAGCAGGCCAUUCCGAUGUUGUUGUAAAAUUGAUCAAGAUAGCAGAAGUAGAAGGCAAAGAAGAUGAAAAGACAGUUGUUAUGCGUUUUGUCAAGAAAGCAGCCAAAAUCGAUGCUGCGCUCAAAUUUAAAUCGUUACAAGCGGAUGCGCGAGUGCUCAAGCAUUAUCGCUCCAAAAUAAUGAAGGCUAUUACCCAGUCGAUUCAUGACAAGAUUGAAGAUGCAUAUAAGAGCUCGGAAGACAACCCCGUCGCUUUUCUUGGUAGUCUGACGUGGUUAUAUCAAGACAUUCUUCGAGUCGAGAGUGAUGUGGUCCCUUGCUUCCCAAAGGACUACGAUAUCUACUCUCUUUACCUCCGGGAAUACCACAAAGCCCUCAAUGGAGUUGUCAAAAAGAUCGCGACCGCAAAAUCGGACGCAAGCGUCCUUUUGACCCUUUACGACUGGCUAAAGGAGUAUAAAGCUAAUAUGAAGGAGCUCAACGUUAACCCGGAAUUGCUUGAGCCCCCGCUGUUGGAUGGAAAGGAACAAACUCUUAUUGAGGAUUAUGUGCAACUCAUCAUACGAAAACUUGACGAAUGGUCGAAGAAUCUCAUGAAAACUGAAGUUGCCGAAUUCACUAAACGCAGCGAGCCUCCUGAACUGGACAGCGACGGGCUCUAUGGGACUCAGGGUGGCAUCAUCCUCUUCCAAAUGGUCAAUCAACAAAUUGAUCUUGCUACUGAGAGUGGCCAAGGUGCGAUUCUUGCCCGAGUCGUCGGAGAAACCAACAGGGUUAUGCGCGGCAUUCAAGAUCAGUGGUCCAAAGUUGUCGAAACCGAAUUCAAGAAGCAAAUUGAGAAGCCCGAAGAGGUUGCCGGAGGUCUUGUGGAGUACUGUAUCGCAUUGGCCAACGACCAGAUCAAAUCCGCAGAUUUCUCUGAAUCAUUGCUUGCUCGUAUCGAACCACUGGUUUCUGAAAAAUAUAGGGUCCCAAUUAAUGAACGACUCAAUGAUGCCAUUGACGGCUACCUGGACGUGGCGAAGAAAUGCAUGCAAACCCUCAUCGAUAUAAUAUUUAACGAUCUUAAACCUGCCACCAAGAACCUCUUCCAACUUCCCUGGUACGAUGGGGUUAUGAAACAGAUUGUUGAGACCAUGAGAGAUUAUAUGACAGACUAUCAAAGCUAUCUCAAUUCUUCCUUACUCGAAUUGCUCGUAGAGGACCUCAUCGACACAUUCCUUUUGACGUACCUCAAUGCCCUUGCUAACGCGCCGAAACUGAAGAUGCCUAUGGCAGCAGAAAGGUUUAAAGAGGAUAUUACAGAAGUUUUCCAGUUCUUCAUCACGUUGGCUCCCACUAAGGAAGUAGAGGCACGAUUUGAAGUCCUAGAAUUAAUCCUUGCCAUGCUGGAGGCUUCGAAGGAUAUUGCCUUCCUCUCAUUCUGGGCUUUUGCCAAAGUUCAUGGUCCAAACAUCGCAUUCGUUGAAGGUCUAAUGAAAUCACGAGGUGAUUUUGACCGCUCUGCUGUUAGUGAAAUCAUGGAUAGCAUCAAACGAAAAGUAAAAGAUGAAGGUCUAACAGAUCCUCCUGAACCUACCAUCAUGAAAAAGGUUAAUGUUCAGAACGCGUUUUCUCGAUUCCUACGGACAUAA